AUGGCCGAGGAGCUGGUCCUGGAGAGAUGUGACCUGGAGCUGGAGGCCAAUGGCCGUGACCACCAUACAGCCGACCUGUGCAGGGAGAGGCUGGUGGUGCGGCGGGGCCAGCCCUUCUGGCUGACCCUGCACUUCGAGGGCCGAAACUAUGAGGCCAGCGUGGACAGCCUCACCUUCUGUGCUGUGACUGGCCCAGACCCCAGCGAGGAGGCCGGGACCAAGGCCCUCUUCAGGCUGUCCGAUGCUAUGGAGGAGGGGGCCUGGGCGGCGGUGGCGGUGGACCAGCAAGACAGCACCCUAUCGCUGAAUCUCACCACUCCGGCCAAUGCCCCCAUUGGCCACUACAGCCUCAGCUUAGAGGCCUCCACUGGCUACCAGGGCUCCAGUUUCAUGCUGGGUCAGUUCACCCUGCUCUUCAACAGCUGGUGUCCAGCGGAUGCCGUGUACCUGGACUCGGAUGAGGAGCGGCGAGAAUACGUCCUUACCCAGCAAGGCUUCAUCUACCAGGGCUCAGCCAAGUUCAUCAAGAGCAUACCUUGGAAUUUUGGGCAGUUUGAAGACGGGAUCCUGGACAUCUGCCUGACGCUCCUGGACGUCAACCCCAAGUUCCUGAAGAACGCUGGCCGAGACUGUUCCCGUCGCAGCAGCCCGGUCUAUGUGGGCCGGGUGGUGAGCGGCAUGGUCAACUGCAAUGAUGACCAGGGCGUGCUGCUGGGGCGCUGGGACAACAACUACGGGGACGGCAUCAGCCCCAUGUUCUGGAUUGGCAGCGUGGACAUCCUGCGGCGUUGGAAGAAAGAUGGUUGCCAGCGCGUCAAGUACGGCCAGUGCUGGGUGUUCGCGGCUGUGGCCUGCACCGUGCUGCGGUGCCUUGGCAUCCCCACCCGCGUCGUGACCAACUAUAACUCAGCCCACGACCAGAACAGCAACCUGCUCAUCGAGUACUUCCGCAACGAGUUCGGGGAGAUCCAGAGUGAUAAGAGCGAGAUGAUUUGGAACUUCCACUGCUGGGUGGAGUCGUGGAUGACCAGGCCAGACCUGCAGCCGGGCUACGAGGGGUGGCAGGCCCUCGACCCCACGCCCCAGGAGAAGAGCGAAGGGACUUACUGCUGUGGCCCGGUUCCCGUUCGUGCCAUCAAGGAGGGCGACCUGAGCACCAAAUACGACGCUCCUUUCGUCUUUGCCGAGGUCAACGCCGACGUGGUGGACUGGAUCCGGCAGGACGAUGGGUCGCUGCACAAAUCCAUCAACCACUCCCUGGUGGUGGGGCUGAAGAUCAGCACAAAGAGUGUGGGCAGAGAUGAGCGGGAAGACAUCACCCACAACUACAAGUACCCGGAGGGGUCCCCAGAGGAGAGGGAAGCCUUCACGAGGGCCAACCACCUGAACAAACUGGUUGAUAAAGAGGAGACAGGGGUGGCCAUGCGGAUCCGUGUGGGCGAGGGCAUGAACAGGGGCUGCGACUUUGACGUCUUUGCCCACAUCACCAACAGCACCCCCGAGGAGCACGCUGGCCGCCUCCUGCUCUGUGCCCGCACUGUCAGCUACAACGGGAUCCUGGGACCUGAGUGCGGCACCAAGGAUCUGCUCAGCCUUUCCCUGGAGCCCUACUCCGAAAAGAGCAUCCCCCUUCGAAUCCUCUACGAAAAGUACUGUGACUGCCUGACCGAGUCGAACCUUAUCAAGGUGCGGGGCCUCCUCAUUGAGCCGGCUGCCAACAGCUACCUGCUGGCCGAGAGGGACAUCUACCUGGAGAAUCCAGAAAUCAAGAUCCGGAUCCUGGGAGAGCCCAAGCAGAACCGCAAGCUGGUGGCUGAGUUGUCUCUGCAGAACCCGCUCACCGUGGCUCUGUCGGGCUGUGCCUUCACCGUGGAGGGGGCGGGCCUGAUCGAGGAGCAGAAGACCGUGGACAUCCCGGACCCUGUGGAGGCGGGGGAGGAAGUCAAGGUGAGGGUGGACCUGCUGCCCCUCUACGCGGGCCGCCACAAGCUGGUGGUGAACUUCGAUAGCGACCGGCUGAAGGCUGUGAAGGGCUUCAGGAACGUCAUCGUUGGCCCCUCCUAA